GGCUCGGGCGGAAGCAGGAAGCGGCGGAGCGAGAAGACGCGCGGGGCGGUGUUCUCUGCGGGGCCAUGGCGGAGAAGUUCGACCACCUGGAGGAGCACCUGGAGAAGUUCGUGGAGAACAUCCGGCAGCUCGGCAUCAUCGUCAGCGACUUCCAGCCCAGCAGCCAGGCCGGGCUCAACCAGAAGCUGAAUUUUAUCGUUACUGGCUUACAGGACAUUGACAAGUGCAGGCAGCAGCUUCAUGAUAUUACUGUGCCUUUAGAAGUUUUUGAAUACAUAGACCAAGGACGAAACCCCCAGCUCUACACCAAAGAGUGUCUGGAGAGGGCCCUGGCCAGGAACGAACAAGUGAAGGGCAAGAUCGACACCAUGAAGAAAUUUAAAAGCCUGUUGAUUCAAGAACUUUCUAAAGUAUUCCCUGAAGACAUGGCUAAGUAUCGAAGCAUCCGAGGGGAGGACCACCCCCCUUCCUAAUUUCUGAAGACCCUCCUGGUCUCGUGGGAGUCGCUGUGACCGUCAGACAGGCUGGGACUGAGCGCCGCACCAGCGCGGCCUUCCCAGGCCCGUCUUCUGGCAACCCUGUCCUCGCCCUUGUCCUGGGGGACAGCGCGGCCCAGACGCGUGUGGAGCUGUGUCCCCGGCCGCCCCUCUGUCCCCCAUGUGCGUCUGUUCGGCCCCCGAGCUUUCACACGGCCGGGGAUUGCACGUCUUUGAGUGCGAUGCAUUGAUGGUCCACAGCGGAGCAGUUCGGGAAUAUUCGCUAUGAUAGGUAAAUUGUUUUUAAAAAUUCCACCUAAUGGUUUUCUUUUUAUGUACUGUUUCUUUUUUCCAUUUUAUGAUGGUGUCAAAGCUUAAAAAAAAGAAAGAUUCAAAAAGAAAAGUUGGUGUUUAUUUGAGCAAUAAUUUGAGUUGGUUUUGUGUUUUCUAUUUUCAGUUACAGUGCAUAAAGAAUGCGUUCAGUGUAACGUUACAUGGAUUUUGAUUAGACAUAAGCACAUAAUAAAGCCUUUAAGUAUUUACAUGA